GAUUGCGAAUGCGCUGCAAGCAAAGCUUAACGAAAUUAACGCCGAAGAGUCAAAUUGGGAUUGGGAAAUCUGCUAGACAAAUACACCAGCUUUGGUUGUUUCUCAUGACAGGCUUGCCCUCGUAGUUUAGUCCUGUUUAGCUUGUUCAGCAGCAUCACAGAUCUGGCCUAUCGUGCUGAUUCUACUAGCAUCACAAAGCUCAAAACACGACUAGAAACUGCUUCGCAUGGGUCUCGGCAUGGGAACCAUUCUCACCAUGCAAAUUUGCAAUACAACUCUGGGGUGGGGACGUUUUUACAGUCGAUAUAUUGGCUACGAUGAUUAUUUUUUUCCGCACUUAGCAGUACAACUACAACGUCAACGGGAAUAAACAAGUAGAAUGGACGAAAAACAAAAAUGCCAUUAAACAAAAAUCAAAAUGCCAAAAUGUAUUUCUGUGAUGUGCGUAUAGAAUAAAUGGAAGCUCGAGUUCCAUUCAGUUCGUCUCUACGUUUGUUGAAAUUGAAAAAGGAAAACUACUCCUACACGAUGGACCUCCACAAAGAUGCUUUAUGUUUUGCUAGUUUUGGAAGACACAUUCACAUUCACACAUUAUAUCAACAAACGCCAGCGCUUUACAAUUGCAUCCCCCGACGGGCGGGAAAGUGCUGGCUUUUGUUUCGUUUUGUUUUGAAAAAUGAGCUCCUUCCUGCUCUAGUGCUUGCAGUAGAUGCAGCUGCGACGCUGGAGAUAACGGUUGGCUUUGCUACUAUCGAACCCCGGAGAAGUAGAGCGAGAGGGGGACAUUACCCCUCGCAGGAGACAGUCAGAGCUCAAGCGAGCUUCUCUGGAUAAUUGAAAGGGGAAGGUAGAGGCACAGUGUCCGCAGAAGCAGCGCCGUGAUUCGUAGUCGUUUUAUUUAUUACAUUCUGCUAUAUUGGAGGAUUUCAAAUAGUUGCUUAUUCCGAUUCCUUUUCGUGCUAAACAGCUCGCGUCAUGAUAUGUCAACUAUUUGCUUGCAUAUUUCUAAUGAAUACAUCUUCCGCUCUCUCCAUUCAGCUCAACACAGCCAUUCUGAAUCAACCCUGAUUUUAUCGGGCGUUAGAUGAUGGUAGCAAACACAAAAGGGGUCAAAACUCAAAAGACUUGAUGGCUUCCUUGUCUCGGAAGCACGGCAGGCGCGGAUAAGGAAACUUUUCAAGGUUUACCUUUAUGCCCACCAUGCAUUUGCAUGUGUAAGAUACAGAUUGGCUCGUGUUGUGUCGUCAAAGCAUUAUUUACUAUUCGAUAAGGGAGGCAUUGCUUUACAUUUGUCGAAGGAGAUGAAAUCUCCUUCUUCGCGCCCUGGUUUUUUGUUUGUGACACAGAAAAAUGAUCGCAGAGGGCACUACAAUUGUAGACGAUGAGCAUGAUCGAAAUUAUCACAUUCGCCCCGCACUCAUAAAGCCGGCACUUUUACUUCCGGAAAAAAAAAUGCGGAAUUUUGGACGAAAAAAAAGAAACAAGCAGAUGAAGGUCGUGUGAGAAUACUUAGUUCUUGCGUGUAUGAUUGAAAGAGG